AUGCCUCCGUAUUUUGACGGAAGCAACUAUGCCUACUGGAAGGUUAGGAUACGUGCUUUUCUCAAGUCUUUAGAUGAACAUGUUUGGGUGAGUGUACAAAAUGGUUGGAAACCUUCUUCCACAACUGUGUCAAGUGUUGUCAAUCUAACUGAUAUUUCACUUUGGACUAAGGAAGAAUUAGCUUAUUACAAUUGGAAUAGCAAAGGACUUCAUGCCUUGUUUAUGGUCGUGUCUCCCGAAAAAUUUAGGAGAGUGUUAAUGUGUGAAACUGCUAAAGAGGCAUGGGACAUUCUAGAGACUACGCAUGAGGGAACUAAAAUCAUAAAAAAUUCAAAAUUGCAAAUGCUAACCUCUAAGUUUGAAGAAAUCAGGAUGAAGGAUGAUAAAUCGUUUGAUGAGUUUUAUGCAAAAUUGAAUGACAUUGUAAACUCUAGUUUCAAUCUAGGUGAGAAGAUUCUCGAGUCGAAAAUUGUGAGAAAGAUUCUUAGAUCUUUGCCCGAGAGAUUUAGACCUAAGGUUACAUCGAUUGAAGAGAGUAAGGAUCUGGACACGGUUAAUAUAGAAGAACUCGUAGGAUCCCUUCAAAUCUAUGAACUCACCAUCUCACAACCUAAGAAAAACAAGUCCAUAGCACUGAACACAGUUGGAGAAGAAGAGUCUGAGUCAUCUGACAUAGAAACCCUUAGAGAUGAGGAAAUAGCUUACUUCGUAAAGAAGUUGCAGAAAGCUUUAAAGGGCAAGAGAUGGUCCCAAGACAAAAAUAGAGGAGUCCCUAGUAAAUUCCAAAAAGAGAAGAGUGAUAAACCAACUGCUAGAAAGUCUAGUAAGAAAUCUCAAGUUGUUAGGUGCCAUGAGUGUCAGGGACUUGGGCACUAUAGGAAUGAAUGUCCUAACUUUAAGAAAAAUUUGAAAAAGGGAAGGAGCAAGGCAUUAGCUGUGUCAUUGACUGAUGAUGAUUCAAACUCAAUUAAGAGUGAGUCAGAUAAGGACGGCGAAAAGGUUGAGGAGGAUGUAGAGAGUGAGAAGUGUAGUGACGAUAUUGAGGAUGAGACGGAUAUACAUGAGGUUUAUCAACUUCUGAUUAAGGAAAAUCUCAAGAUCAAAAAGGUAAAUAAGGCCCUAUUUAAGAAGGUAGACGAGCUUGAGAGAGAGAAAGAGAGACUCACUAAUGAUCUUCAGGUCUCAUCUAAAAACCUUAGUGAGUUGAAGUAUGUCAAUGAGAAGCUAGAGGACAAGGUUAAGACACUAUCUUGUGAGUUAGAGAAAUCUAAUAUUCAACUGCAGUCUUUUAUGAGUGGGACUAAGAAACUAGAUGACCAAUUAGGAAUGAACAAACCAACUGGGAAUAGGCAACGUCUAGGAUUUGUGAAGAGUGAUAGCAACGUGACUAGUGCAUCCAAGACCACAUUCCUGUUAGGGUUUGGUUUUUGUAUGGAAAGGGAGCCAGCCAAAAAUUAUAUAUAUACCUCUAAAGCCUACAGAAAGGUAGAGCCGCCUGGGAUAAAGAGAGAGAUACAAGAAGCGGCUGCCGCAACCAUUAUUUUUGGGAAAAACAUCAGGGUUCUCGAAGACAAAACACCAUGGUUCCUUAAUCCUUUGAGGAACGGAUUCUCUCAUUGGGGGAUUGAGAGAGGUUCUUGA